AAACCAGUUCGGUACAUUCAGCUUGUAACGGUCCAUAUAGGGACACUCUCUCUCUCUCGCGGUAAAAAUAGCAAAUUGAAAAAAAUAAUUAAACUGAAACCCACGUUGCUUCAUCUUCAUUUGUCACUACCACCAUCAUCACUUUACAAUCAGAGACAGAAGAAACAACACUCUUUUUGUGUUCGUGUCUUCCAUGAAUCAAACCCCAUCUCAACCAUGCUCCAAGUUUCAAUCUUUCUCCAUUUUUUGUUCUUAUUCUUCAUUUCUGCAACUGCCUUUGGAACCAUGGGACCAAUCUCUGCAUCCUUCGGAAAAGACGAGCUCUUCUGCGCCAUCGACGCUAGCGGCAAUCAAAACAUUCUAUGCUUCGGAAACAACGUAACUUCACAAGCUCCAUCACAAUCCAAUUCAUCAUCAUCGUCUUCUUCUUCACUACCUUAUUUCACCAGCGUUCCUGCCAUGUCAGGGCUUUCCGGGGGCGAAGGUUUUUUCUGCGGCAUUUUAGCGAAUACCUCACAGGCUUUUUGCUGGGGCGCCGGAAAACCUGCAGGUGAUCCCGUUCUGGUGCCGCCAGCGUACCGGAACACCGCGUACUCCCGCAUUGCCGCCGGAAAGUCCCACGUCUGCGCCGUCAGAGGAUCCUACUUCGCCGAUCGAGCUUCCGGCAGCGUGGAUUGCUGGGAAGUCGCUCAGACGCGGAACAACACGUUCUACGCCAAGCAGAGCCUUGCGUUCUACGACCAAUCCGUUAGCAACCUGGAGCUGAACGACGUGGUUUCCGGCGAGGAUUUCGCUUGCGGGAGCGUUAGAGACGGAGGCCUCGUCUGCUGGGGUCCAAAUUCGAAGAGUCUCCAAGUUUCCAACGUUUCCGAUAGCUUCUCUGUUUUGGCUUCAGGAAGAAACGCGAUUUGCGGAGUUUCAAACUCUUCUGGCGAGUUGAAAUGCUGGGGCGAGGCGAGUUCAUAUUGGGAUCCUGAAUCAGCGGGACGGGUUCAGGUGGUUUCUCUGUCUGCAGGUUCGAAGCAUUUCUGUGGGAUCAGAAAAGACAGUCAUGUUGUGGAGUGUUGGGGUGCCUCAGAUUCGUCUGUGGUUCCAAAAGGUUAUGGCUUUUUGGCCAUUGCUUCUUCGGAUUACACAACUUGUGGGAUCAGAGAAGAUGAUCUUUUGCUUGAUUGUUGGGUGGUGAACGCAUCAAAACCCAAUUUUGACUCUCCCUUGGAGCUUUCAAGCCCUGGGCUUUGUCAAAAGGAGUCUUGCGGUGUUGGGGAGUUUGCUUUCAAUGUGAGUGUUCUUAAUGAGCCUGAUUUGAGCAGCUUGUGUGUGAGGCAGGAUUUGAGGAUAUGUUCACCUUGUGGCUCUAAUUGCUCUCGGGGUUUGUUCUUGUCUAGUCCUUGUGGUUUGAGCAAUGACAGGGUGUGCACUCCUUGUUCUCUUUGCCAGAAUAGCUCUUGCUGGGGUGUUUGUGGGAUCCACCCAACUUCAGGGUUGCACUUGCACCAUUUGCUUCGCUGGGUGCUCAUAAUUGGAUCUUCUGCCUUGGGAGUCCUGCUGAUUUUGGUUUGUGGCUUGGUGGCGCGGGGGCGGAGGAGGAAGGGGACAAAGAAGCAAUCCAACAAGUCUUGCAUGGGGAAGAUGGAGCAGGAGGAUGAUGGCGAUUUGAAUGGCCUUAACUCGACUCCUUCAAUUGCUUCGUGUCCAGGGGUGCCUCAGGUUUUCCGGCUUUCGGAGUUGAAAGAUGCUACAAAUGGAUUCAAAGAGUUCAAUGAGCUUGGAAGGGGGAGUUAUGGGUUUGUUUACAAGGCUGCUUUGGCAGACGGCAGAGUGGUUGCUGUGAAGAGGGCUAAUGCAGCCACAAUUAUACACACCAACAACCGCGAUUUUGAGAUGGAGCUUGAAAUCUUGUGUAAGAUUAGACAUUGUAAUAUCGUUAACCUGGUUGGUUAUUGCGCGGAGAUGGGGGAAAGGUUGCUUGUUUACGAGUAUAUGCCUCAUGGAACACUUUAUGAUCAUCUCCAUGGUGGCCUUUCUCCUCUUAAUUGGACCCUCAGGUUGAAGAUUGCUAUGCAGGCUGCCAAGGGCCUCGAGUACCUUCACAGGGAGCUUUCACCUCCCAUCCCCCACAGGGAUCUCAACACCUCAAACAUUCUCUUGGAUUCAGACUGGGGAGCUCGCAUUUCGGAUUUUGGACUCAUCACUUCCACUGACAAGGACCUUCGUGGGGACUUGGAAACUGAUGUUUAUAAUUUUGGGAUUGUGUUGCUUGAGAUUCUAAGUGGCAGGAAAGCUUGUGACCCAGAUUUCAAUCCUCCGGACAUAGUAGAGUGGGCAGUGCCAUUGAUCAAACAGGGCAAGGCGGCUGCUAUACUCGAUCGCUGCACGCCUCUGCCCAGAAACGUUGAGCCUUUGCUUAGGCUUGCCGAUAUAGCUGAGCUUUCUGUCAGACACAAUCCGGCAGACCGUCCACCUCUGCCGGAUAUAGCAUCUUGGUUGGAGCAAAUCGUCAAGGACGGAUUAAUUUUAUAGAAAGUAAUCAAUCUUGCUCUCCAUGCUCAUCCUUUUCAUUUCAGAAAAACAUUUCUCAUAUCAAUUCUGCAAUUGUAAAUUAAACUUGCCGCCCCUUAUUCAUUUAUCAUAAUCUUCACAAAGUGAACAACAUGGCAUUAUUGCACCAUACCAAAUUGUUUUACAUGUAUAUCAUGAUAUGGAAAAUUUUCCUGUAA